AUGUCCAACUUCACCUUCCCGGACAUCCCCACGCUCCUCGAGCCAUACAUUCCCCCGGCACUGCAGGCGUACUUCACCCGGCAGAACCUGCAAGCGGUCGUGCGCGUCAUCGUCGGCAUAUCGACGUACAUUCUCUUUCGACCGCACCUGGAGUCCCUUUUCCGCAAGGUGACGGGGACUCCGGAUCGGCGAGAGGAAGAGGCCCGGGUCAGGGUCGAGUACCUCCGGCAGCAGCAGGAAGCGGUUGCCGCCGUUGCAGGGGGACAGGGCAAGAGUGUGGGCAUUGUGGGGAAAGACGGGAAGAUAUAUCAGGUUGUGCCGCCGCAGGGAGGGCAGCAGCAGCAACAGGCAGGCGGAGGAGGGAAGAAUGAGAAAGGUGGUCGGAAGAAGGGCGGGAAGGGGAAGGCGUAA